GCGCCGUGCUCCUGCGGCCUCCCGCCGCGUCCCGAGCGCGGCAGCCCUUGCGGCAAGUUUUCCUUGCGGGUUCUGCGUUUCGGGUCAUCUGCAGGGGAAUAUGCGUGGUAAAGGGUAUUGACGGUGAUUAUCGGGAAGGGGUCGGGGCAGGACAUGCGUGCUGAGCAUGGAGGAAGAUGAAGAGGAAGACUACAUGUCUGAUUUAUUUAUUAAGCAGGAUGUGAGGCCAGGCUUGCCCAUGGUGAGGCGGGUGAAGGAAGCUAUUCAGAAGGAAGAGAAGCAAAAAGAAGCCAAUGAGAAGAACAGACAAAAGAGCAUAAAAGAAGAAGAAAAAGAGAGACGUGACUUAGUACUGAAAAGUGCGUUGGGCAAUGAGAACAAAGGCUUUGCUUUGCUCCAGAAGAUGGGCUACAAGAGUGGCCAGGCCCUUGGCAAAAGUGGAGAAGGCAUUGUUGAACCUAUUCCUCUGAACAUAAAAACAGGCAGAAGUGGGCUUGGUCAUGAUGAAUUAAAGAAGCGAAAAGCUGAAGAAAAACUGGAAAACUAUAGACAAAAACUCCACAUGAAAAAACAAGCAAAUGAACAAGCUGCAGAUGACUUCAGAGUAAGAUUCAAAAACAAACAAGAAGAACGUAAGAUGGAAGGGGACCUCCGAAAAAGCCAGAGGGCCUGCCAGCAAUUGGAUGUGCAAAAUGGUAUUGAUGUUCCCAAGGAGACUUGGUAUUGGAUAGAACCUGAAGAGGAAGACAAAAAUGAGGAAGACAAGGAAGAUGCAUGCGCAAGCUCAGACUUAAGUGUGUCAGAAAAGCUACAGAUCCUGACUGCCUAUUUGAGAGAACAACACUUCUACUGCAUUUGGUGUGGAACAACUUAUGAAGCUGGAAUUACUUUCUCUGCUUAUCCUGUAGACUCUGAAGAUUUAUCUUCAAACUGCCCUGGAGACAGUGCUGCUGAUCACGACUAAAGCCUUUCUAGAGGAAGGAAUCCUAGAUAAGUAAGAAUCAGAAGUGACUGCUUUCAGAAAUAGGCUGUCUUGAUCUGCAGUUGCUGGCUGUGAAUGGUGAUGCGAUGACCUAACAAGCUCUUCAAUGGCAGGAAGGCAAAACACCAAGGAAAAGACAAAUCCUUGCUGUUGCUUCUGACAUUUACUGUUGUUUCAUCAAUUUCAGAUGUCAUCAGAUGUUGAGUGCUGGAUUUCAGCCUUUUAAAAGGGCAGUUACACCGUAUUAGGUUCAAGUGAGUUGACUCUAGGAACAGGCUUUAAAAUCUCCAGUAUUUCAGAUGCAGACAAUCUUCCUGAAGAGUCUCCUGAAAGCAUUUUUUUUAUUAUGGAUGCCUGCAAAAAGAGAUUAAAUCUCAAUAAAAUAUUUUGUAAGUAUAUAAACCAACUGAAAUAAUGUGUUAAAACCCCAUACCUCUGAUAAAAAUCGGUUAGUGAAGCUCUGUGGAAAUUGACCUUUUCUAACUUCAGGCCAUACCUGAAAUGUGUAAAAGAGAACAGUUUAUGUUUUCAUUGAUUAUAUUUUGCUUCUUCUUUAUGACCCAUAUAGUUUACUGAUGUAAUCAAGAAAAUACAAAUUAUAAAAAAGGUACAGCUUCAAAACCAAAGUGACUGUAACCAGUUAAAAAGGUUUUUUUCCGUUUAGUUGUUCUUCAUUUUGUUUUUAUGGUCUUUUCAUCAACUGUUGUCCCUUUUCAAGCUUAAAUGCUUCAGACUCUACAAUGAUGUGUUUGUUUCAGCAAUCCUGGCUAUAUCAGAACCACUGUCCUUAUUUCCUUAAUUUAAAAUGGUGGGUUUAUUGCCUCUUAUUACAUUAAAAGAAAACCAACAAAAACCAA